UCCCGAUUAGUAGUUUAAUUCUCAUGAUGUCGCGGCCGAAGGCUCCAGCCAUCGUCGGAUUAUCAUCCACUCAUUAUUGGGAUUGUCAAGAGAAGUUGGAAGAUCCAUUCGAGGAAGGAAGCAGCUACCCGAAGACGGUGCCGAGUCAGGAUGAAAGAGUUGUUAGAUUGGGUAAUCGUCUAUGGCUUGACGACGAGGCACCGUGUUGCUGUAGUGGAGACGUGGAUUGUCGUAAGGAGCCGAUGUCCCCAGACAAAACUCCAUCGACAGUAGCAUCAUGCCCUUCGUCUCCCGACCGUCUUGAGCGGACAUUCCUGCCGAGAUCAGCGGUUCAGUUCGAGCCUGUUGUUCAAGUCCGCUUCUGUGAUCGUCCAGAGACCUGCUCCGACAUCGAUGAGCCUCUGGCUGAAAUUCUCUCUUCCCCUUCAAGUUCUGACCCUGAUGUCACCGCGGGGUCACUUUUAUCAGCAAAAAACGCGUCUCCUGAGACGUACGGGGAAGGCCUCUCCAUCUCUGAUUGGCAAGGCGUUGUUUUCGAGACAGAAUGCGAGAUUAAAGCUUUCGACGGACAUUCGGCGUUGAGAGAGAAGACAUACUCCUCAGUGGAUGAUCUAAAGUCGAUGGCUCUCCUUAUGGGCGUUGCCCCGUCGAGACCGCGAUAUGGUCGCGUCAGAUCGGAAACGGUGAGCGAUUUGGAAGAGUUUAUGGAGGACUUGCGCUUGCCUAGGCAGCGUGGUGGGUCAGCAGCAUUCUGUCUUCCGCACGGACGGGUAUCGUCCUCCUCUUUACAUGAAAGUCGUAUGGCGAACGACGACGAGGAUAACUCAGAUUCCGAAGAGAACAUACUAGCAAGAAUGGAGGCUAUGGGUUGCGAUAUGGAUUUACAAGAUUAGCUACGGAUAAUGAUGAUGCAAACUAUGAUCGCAGUAGAAAUAGAGAUUCUCUCAAAUUCUGUCGACUAUUUGAUUGGUGCUCGCUCCAGAGCAACAUGAGUCGCU